AUGUCUGUCCCAGCUUUCUCAGAUAUCGCCAAGUCGGCCAACGACUUGCUGAACAAGGACUUCUACCACCUGUCCGCCGGCACCAUCGAGGUCAAGAGCAACACCCCCAACAAUGUUGCCUUCAAGGUGACCGGCAAGAGCAGCCACGAGAAGGCUACUAGCGGAGCGCUGGAGGGCAAAUACACGGACAAAGAACUCGGUACCAAGAAGAAACGCCCCAAACCCCAGAAACAAAAGCCGCCGCUACAGUUUAGUGUCUCCAGGAUUGGGGGGCCACGUAGUGGUCUGCCCAUGGAGUUCAGCGCGGCUUUCACAUCCGGCUUCGCUCAAUUGCUAAUGUUCUACAAACGAACAGGCCUGACCCUCACGCAAACGUGGAACACCGCCAAUGCCCUCGAGUCCAAGCUGGAGCUGGCUGACAGCCUGGCCAAGGGCCUCAAGGCUGAGGGUAUCUUCUCCUUCCUGCCCGCCACCCAGGCCAAGGGCGCCAAGUUCAACUUGCACUUCAAGCAGAGCAACUUCCACGGCCGUGCCUUCUUCGAUCUCCUGAAGGGCCCCACCGCCAACGUCGACGCCGUCGUCGCCCACGAGGGCUUCGUCGCCGGUGGCUCUGCCGGCUACGACGUCCAGAAGGCCGCCAUCAGCAGCUACUCCGCUGCCGUCGGCUACUCCGCCCCCGUCUACAGCGCUGCCAUCACCGCUACCGACAACCUCAGCGUCUUCGCCGCCAGCUACUACCACAAGGUUAACAGCCAGGUUGAGGCUGGUGCCAAGGCCACCUGGAACUCCAAGUCCGGAAACGCUGUUGGCCUCGAGGUUGCCAGCAAGUACCGCCUGGACCCCAUGUCCUUCGUCAAGGGCAAGAUCAACGACCGUGGUGUUGCUGCCGUCGCCUACAACGUCCUCCUCCGCCCUGGUGCCACCCUUGGCAUUGGUGCCUCCUUCGACACCCAGAAGCUCGACCAGGCCACCCACAAGGUCGGUGUCAGCUUCACCUUCGAGGGUUAA